AUGGAGAAGAAAUUAAGGAAGAAGAAGUUAUGGAAGGACACGAAGUCAAAGAAGAAGAAGUUUUGGAUGGAGAAGAAGUUAAGUAUAAAGAAGAAAGUAUGGAUGGGGAAGAAGUUUGGGAUGGAGAAGAAGUUUGGAAUGGAGAAGAAUCUACUAAUUAAGGAAGUAGAAGAAGUUAAGGAGGAUGGAGAAGAAGUUAGGGAAGGAGAAAAAGUUAAGAAUGAAGAGCAAGUUAGGGAAGGAGAAGAAGUUAAGGAUGGAGAACAAGUUAGGGAAGGAGAAGAAUAA